CUUGAUGUUUGACAUCUGUUCUUCAUUAAUGUUGGCACGCACAUGUUUCUUUACAGUUUCCCGAUUCUUCACCACCACCAAGUAGAAGUAGAAACCCACUAUAUUAGAAGAUUGAGGUUUGUUCUGAAACUUAAAUUUUGUUAAGAUUUUGGCUGGGAAUAGAAUAGAAUUUUAGGACCGGACCUUCACUCUUUGUUUUAAGAAAGUUAUUGUGGUAUUCAAGUGAAACUGGGCAAAUGUCAGUGCAGUUAUUUUGGGGUAUUAUAUUUGUGUUGUAUGGGAUUCGAACCGGUGGCCUGGGGAGCCAGAAUAGCCUCUCUGUGGAUUUUUAUGAGGCGUCUUGCCCUACUGUUGAUAGUAUUGUAUUCGACACUAUGACCAAGUUGGCCAAGGAGUCAAAUGUCGUACCUCCUUCUACGCUACGAAUGUUCUUUCAUGACUGUUUCAUUGAGGGAUGCGAUGCUUCCAUUAUGAUUAGUUCGACAUCAAGUAUGAAAGCAGAACGAGAGCUCCCUGAGAACAACAUAGCUCAGAACGCCUUUGAAGCCAUUGUGGAGGUCAAGAAAGCUGUGGACCGUGUGUGCCCUGGCGUUGUGUCUUGUGCUGAUAUUAUUGCCAUGGCAGCAAGGGAUGCUGUAAGAUUACUGGGAGGACCAAACUGGGAUGUGUUGAAAGGGAGAUUAGAUGGCUUCGUGUCUUCAGCCGCCAGAGCCAAGGGAAAAGUGCCCCUAGCUGAGGCCGAUGCAACACAACUCAUCCAAGCAUUUGCUGCUCGAAAAUUAUCCGUGCUAGACAUGGUUGUAUUAUCAGGUGCUCAUACAGUGGGAUUCUCGCACUGCAACCAAUUUACAAAUCGGCUGUACAAUUUCUCGCCUGGAUUGAAAUCAGAUCCAAGCUUAAAUUCCACCUUCGCUUUAGAACUUGAGCAGACAUGCCCAAAAGGGGGAGACCCAAACAGAUUUCAGCCCUUUGACAUUACCACUCCAUUUGUAUUCGACAACAAGUACUUCAAGAAUUUACAGAGCGGGAAAGGCUUGUUAUUCUCUGAUCAAGAUCUUGUUAACAGCAACUUAAGUGUGGAUAUAGUGAGAAACUUAGCCUCAUCACAGGAAGUUUUCUUCUCCCAGUUUGUCGACUCCAUGGUAAAACUUGGCAAUGUGGGAGUGAAGACUAAACUCAGCGUGGGCAAUAUUCGUUCUGAUUGCACUGCUUUCAAUUCCUAAUACCAUUUUUUAAAGAUUUGCAGGCACUUGUCAGGGAUUAAACUUCAUUAUUUUGGAAUAGUGAUUACACAAAAUGUUUAUCUCUAAGAUUCUAAUUCUUGGGCUUUUAUGUACAGAAAUUUUUAUCUGAUGUAUUAAUAAAUUGUGCAUAGUGUCAAUGAUGACUUUUACG